AACAAAUAAGAGAUAAAAGGAUUUCUUCCCCUUUAGUUAAGCCUUAAAUUGAUAAAUAGAUUUACUCGACACCGUUAACAAGUAAUGGUGAAAUUUAUCAAGUUUUGAGUUCUCCUCAUAACCAUGAAAAAAUUUUGGUGAAGGGAUGCAAAAGUCCUGGUCAACAUCAUUUCACAAUAAAAUAUACUACUGUACUUGUUUAUCAAUGAAAGUAGUUGGCUUAGAUCAUCUAAUCUUCCUGGCACAACUUCAAAGGAAGAGUCAAAUCUCUACACCAGUAGAUACAACAUGAAAGCAGAAUCAUCUUCUCAAAAACACAUGAAAUCAUCAAGAUUUACAGUUUCUACGUGUUCUUCACUAUUAAUGGCUUUCCUUUUUGCUCUCUCUGCAUCUUUCCAAUUCAAUGACCCUGAUUGGUAUUUGUGGUUUCCUCUAUAUGCAAUGGCUUGCCUUGUCAACUUGGUCAAUGGAUCAAACAAAAUAGCCAAAACUACUCUCUUGUUGGGAACCAUCUUAUUCCUCAAAGAUGUUUGUUUUCUUCAAGGAAUAUCUGGAAUUUGGUCAUUUGAUAUGAGGGAGAGAGUUGUGAGGGAAAAGGUUGGAAGUGGACUUGUUAUUCUCUCCAUGUCUAUACAACUUCAAAAAGGAAACCCUAAUAAUACAACCCUUUCAAACCAUGUUGAACUUGGUCAGUCAAUCUUGGUUGCAAUAGGUUAUGGCUUGUCCUUCGCUUUCUUUUUGUUCUCAAAGCCGGAAAUGAAGUUCUAAUCUUACAAUAUUUUAAGUCUAGUGGUAUCAGUAAAAGUAUUUCAUAAGUUGGGUUCGAGUUUAAUUCUCACUAUUCUGUUUACCCUUCCUUUAAAUCGAUCCCCAGUGUAAUAAAUUUACAGGAAAAAGAAAAUCUUACUAGCAGCAGUGUCUAGACUCA